AUGGCAGCCUCCAUUGUGGCCCCGAAGCGGCCGUUUGUCACCCUGCCAUUCCUGUUGCCUUCCUGGACAGAUGCUCUCGCUUUAGGGUCCCGGCGCCAUCAAUCUUCCUACCGCCGCACCAAGCAACGUCUUCGUGUCAAGCCAGAUGCCUCAUUUGGUCCUCCACACCAAGGCCGGGAUCACAUCAUCUACAAUCCACCUUCAAGCGCCCCCUCGGUCUAUCAUACCCCCAACAAGUUCUUACCUCCCAAUGAUGCCCGACGAGCGAUGCGCCCCGCAACCCCAGCCAGCUUUGAUGCCAGCGAUCUUCCCAACGUGCACAAAAUCAAUGAUGAGGCCAAAUACCACCUGACACCCUCCGACAUCGAAGAAAUCCGCAAACUCCGGUUGAGCGACCCGAUGACAUGGAGCCGUCACAAGUUGGCCAAGCGCUUUGAGUGCUCGCCCCUCUUUAUUGCUAUUGUCUGCGAAGCCAGUCCCGAGAAGAAGCAGAUCCAGAAGCAAGUACUAGAAGCGGUGCAGUCACGAUGGGGAACGAAGCGUCGGAUGGCCAGGGAGGACCGACAGCUCCGCCGGGAGGCCUGGAACCGUGAUGAGUGA